AUGGCACCAACAUCACUUUCGGAUCUCAAACGAAAAAACCUCUUCCAAACGAAAGGAUACAUCAACGCAGAAUGGGUACCAGCAAAAUCUGGGAAGACGUUCGACGUCGUCGAUCCAGCAACCCUGGAAAAGAUCGCCACUGUGCCCGAAAUGGGAGCAGAAGACACUGCACUUGCAGUCGAAGCAGCAUACGAAACAUUUCAGUCUUUCAAGAAGACGACACCGCGCGAGCGAGCUCGAAUGCUUAGAAAAUGGAACGACCUCUGCUUAGAGCACAUCGACGACUUGGCUUUGAUUCUGACGCUUGAGAAUGGGAAGACCUUGACGGAAGCGAAAGGAGAAGUCACAUAUGCUGCAUCUUUCCUCGAGUGGUUCGCUGGGGAAGCAGAGAGAACCCAUGGCGAAGUGGUUCCGGUCGCAAACCAGAAUCAACGCAUCUUGACGUUCAAGCAGCCAGUUGGAGUAGCGGCGUGUCUGGCGCCUUGGAAUUUCCCCAUCGCGAUGAUAACACGCAAGGUCGGAGCCGCCUUAGCUGCAGGAUGCACGACAGUAUGGAAGCCAGCAGGAGAGACCCCACUCAGCUGCCUCGCACAAGCUGUUUUGGCACAGGAGGCAGGCUUCCCAAAAGGCGCCAUCAACGUUGUGACAACCUUGAAUCUGGUCGCAGAAGUCGGCAAAGAGCUUUGCACAAACAAACUGGUCAAGAAGCUCAGCUUCACAGGCUCUACCAGAGUAGGGAAGCUUUUAGCAGAACAAUGUGCGGGCAGCUUGAAAAAGUUAAGUCUUGAACUCGGUGGGAAUAGCCCUUUCAUUGUGUUCGAGGAUGCAAAGAUCGAGACAGCAGUCGAAGCGUGCAUUUUGGCAAAGUUGAGGAACUCCGGUCAAACUUGUGUCACUGCCAAUCGAAUCAUGGUCCAGAAGGGUAUAUACAACAAGUUUGCGGACGCGUUGGCGGCACGCAUCAAGGAGUUGAAAGUUGGCAAAGGAACUGAGGAGGGUGUUUUCAUCGGACCGUUGACCCACGAGAGGGCUGUGGAAAAAGCGAUGGCCCAUAUAAAUGACGCGAAAAAACACGGCGGACAGGUAAUCCUCGGCGGUGCACCAAUGGAUGGGAUGGGUGGCUACUUCCUCCAGCCUACCAUUAUCAAAAAUAUGAGCUCCCAGAUGCUGACCACACGGGAGGAGACCUUUGCCCCAGUUGUAGGAUUGUAUGAGUUUGAUACCGAGGAAGAGGCUAUCAAGAUGGCAAAUGAUUGUGAGGUUGGGCUUGGGGCUUUCAUCGUCACGGAAAGCAUUCCACGAUCUUGGAGAGUAGCGGAAGCGCUCGAAGUGGGUAUGGUAGGCGUGAACUUGGGACUUCUCAGCGCGUGUGAGAGUCCCUUCGGAGGUGUGAAGGAGAGCGGAUAUGGCAGGGAGGGAGGUCGGCAGGGGAUUCAGGAGUAUUUGACGGUGAAGUCUAUGUUGAUUAAUGUAGCAAAUUAG